AUGAAAAUAGUUUUCCUGUGGGACUAUCGCUGUCGCCUCAUCGAUACAUCAUCAGCUGAACUGUGUCGAGGCGAACCCAUCGACUUCACCAAAACUCCAGAUGGUUGGUCUCGCAAUCCCGGUCGUUUCUUUCCUGAUUUGAUCAAAGAAUCAUCAUUACCAACGUUUCCUCCUCCUCCAUUUACAGUCCUUUCUAUUCCACAAACCGGAGUACCUGCAUAUUUAUUGGCACCAUCAGAUGUAACAAGAUGGAAAUUUACCAAGAACGCCAUGGAACGAUUAAAACUCGAUUUCUCACCUUCCAUUGUUUCCUCCGACGAACGAAAAUCUGAUCUUUGGAUUUCAUCAGGUGAUGCACUUGCUGCUCUUCUUUCUGGUGUGAUUACACGUGCCCGAAAAAAUAGCAAAGUAUCAAGAUCGUAA